UCACCACAUGUUGUUAAGGUUAAACAAAAAAGACAAAACAAAAACUCAUUUUAUUCAUUAUUUUUUAGUUUAAAAACAGUAAGUUCAUUUAUAUCAUCCAUGAUGAAGAAACCCAUUCAACUCUCGUUAACUGUUAUGAUUAUCUUCACCAUUCUUGCUCUAGGAGUGGUGGCAAAUGAGGGGCUAGGAAAACCAAAACAAUGUCAUGAGAUUCUAAAGCAAUCCAACUGUGUUGCUGCAGAGUGUGACUCUAUGUGUGUGAAGAAGAGGGGGAAAGGAGCCGGUGUUUGCACUACUUCUAAGAAGUGUUACUGCUAUUAUCAUUGCCCUUAAUGAUUUUUUAUUUACAAUAAUAAGAGAUUUAUAAUAAAGUAGUAAAAUAAUGAAUUGGGGGGUUUACAGCCUAACGAUUGAUAUAGUUGUCUCUACCAAAUAAUUAUAUAGAUUAAAAAUAAUAAUAAUGACAAUCAUAA